GUCAUUGUUAUUUGAUGCUCCUCAUUAAAAGUCUACUAAAAUGAAUGCGAAUAAUGUCCUUUCCUUUAUUUACCAAUGAUGGGAAAGUAGUGUGAUUCAACUGACCAGUGGUCAUACAUUUCUAUUUCAUAUUCAUAGGCCUAUUGUGGCUGGCAGUUCGGACUAGAGACACCUCCCGUGCACAGUUAGAGCAGCUCAACAGACUAGCAUGGAAGAGAAAGUCAAGGACGCUAUCCAACAGGCUCAGGUCGUUAUUGAUGAUUUCAAGAAGCUGAUCAUCUCCUUUGCAGACAUUGUCAAGGGCAAACUGGACAUCAUUCUGUUACUGGCUCAACAACUGGCAGCUAAAGUUAGAAAAUUGAGUCCCUUGAUGACCGAGGCAAGUCAAACAGUGAAGGACGCCAUUGCUGAAGCUAAAUCUGCCAAGACUGUGUUGCACCAACUAAAGGACACCAUCAGCAGCAUUAAGAACGAUCCUUCACGUACACUGGAGGAGGCUCUCUUGAACCAAACCAGCACCGUGGUUCAGAAAGUAACGGACAAUGUCCAGGAAGUGGAGGCCAUGGAAGCUUUGUUGCCUGUAUUGCUGGAGAAACAGUAUGAGCUAAUUGCACUGUACGAGCAACUGAAUGUCAUAUUGGAUAAAGAUAAAACUUUGGCUGACAAAGAAGAGAUGAAAGAUUUAAAGAAAGAAAUGGAACACCUUGUUUCCGUUAUCUACAGACAGAAAGACACUCCUGGGGCUAGUGCUAGUUAGUUCUUGGAAUGCAAGAUUGUUUUUAAAAUAAACUUUCAUUGUCAA